AUGUGUGAGAACAUGUUUGGCAAAGGUGCUACCGAUGUAUUCCUGCACACCGGCGGAAUCGUGCUUUUAUGCUCUUUCGAGGACCAAUUACUCGCCACGAAGUUCAAGGCCGAAACAUGCGGUCAGCGGGUCCGCAACAGAGGCCCCCUGCUGAGUGCUGUCACGUACACUUUGUUUGCGGUGGCCACAAUUUUCACUAUAGCGCGUGCACUAUCACGUUCACCCAAGCUUGGAGGCGUUGGCCUUGGAUCGGACGACUGCACGGCUUUUGUUUCCUACAUCCUGCUGAUCGCAAUGACCGCCAGUGACUGGUUUGCGAUCCACUAUGGCCAAGGACGUUACAUCUACACACUCAGCGUAGACUCAGUCAGCUUGUUCCUCAUGUGGUUCUACAUAUCCAAUACUCUUUACAGCGUCGCCAUCUUCCUGACCAAGAUCUCACUUGUGCUGUUGUACUUGCGAACAUGGAGCAAACCCAAAGGUGGAUCAUCGAGGUUCCAUACAGCCUAUCUGGUGAGCCUCGUCGGGCUUUCCACAACAAUGAUAGCCUUCACUAUUGUCUGCAUUGCUCAGUGUCAACCCAUAUCCUACAUCUGGACUUUCGUCAAAGGAGGCACAGGGACUUGCAUUGACCGUACGGCCUGGCUUUGGGGACUCAGCAGCGCUGACAUUGGCUGGAAUCUGAUUGUCAUUCUUUUGCCCAUAUCGCAAUUGCUCAUGCUCAAGGUUUCUGGUCACAAAAAACUCGGAAUCUGCCUCGUCUUUCUCGUUGGCCUCGUGGUGAUAGUCUGCUCUUUUGUACGACUCAAGUACAUUUCUGGCUUCACAACCCACAAAAACUUCACCUAUUUCUACAGCUACAUCGGACUCUGGAACAGUAUCGAAGUCAAUCUUUCGCAAGUGUGCUGUUGUAUGCCUGCAAGCAUCGGCCUUGCAAGGCAAGCCUCGACGUAUUUGCACCACGUUCGCCACCACGAAUCCCGACCUGAGUCCCCACUUGGUGCUACCGUUGUAUCUGGAACGCAAUUCGAGAUAUUCGAUCCUCCAUCCACUAUCGGGGCCACAGUCGACGUCGAAAAGUACAGCACAAGCCAAAGCAGCUCAGCCAACAGAUCUAAAUCGCAAGACAGUGCCCCAUCUCCAGUCGUUCCCCUACAGCCAGGCCAACGAAGUCCCCCAACACCCUCACCGCCACCAAAGCAUCCCUCUCGAGCCUUCGUCACCACCCACCACGACGUGAGUAGAAGCCGUGACGUACCCGACAUUCUUUAUCACGAUCACUUCAACGAUGUCCAUCUGGAGGUCAUCGAUCCCCCUGAGUCUCCUAUCAGAGCGCAGCUGAGAUACAUCGAUCGGAACAUGGUGCCGCACGAUGUGGAGUUGCAAGGAGAGUAUCGGCGUCCGUCAACCCCACGUCCUUCUGCCUCUCGUCCUCCAUCAAGACGUGCUAUGCGGUAUUCUCCAAGAACCAUGAGUCCUGAUCUCGUGCCUUUUGCGAAAGCGAAGCCGUCGUGGGAUACGUUGAGGGAAUGA